AUGACUCAAAAAGAAGGUGAAAGUGUUACUCAUUUCGCGAGGCGGUUGCGACACCAAGCUAAUUUGUGUGAAUAUGGUGACGCGUUGAAUAUGCGCAUAACAGAACAAAUCUUCGAUGGAAGUUGCUCAAAUACGCUGCGUGAAGCAAUUUUGAAAAAGCGGCUUGUUGAUUUAGCAAACAUAAUCGAAGAAGGGAGAGUGCUUGAAACGAUCAACUCGAACCAACAGGAGGCCGUUGGCGAAGAUUCUGCUAGUGUAAACAAAGUGAGAAGUGAAAUGAAAAGUGCUGCUCAUCGUUGUUUCCGUUGUGGGUCGUCGGGACAUUAUGCGAAUGACAAGAAAUGUCCAGCCCGUAAGAAGACAUGCGACAAGUGCGGGUUGAUUGGACAUUUUAAAAAGUUGUGCAAAACGAAGAAACCGGCCGUGGAUAAAAAGAAGAAAGUGCGUCAAGUAGCGGAUUCUGAAGAGGAGUCACAUUCUGAGUGCGAAGAUUAUGUAAGCGAUAAUGAGAGUGACGCGAGUGAUAUCUACCACAUAUUUUCGACCGCGACGCGCGAAAGAAAAAAAUUCAGCAGUGGAAGCGACGACAAAUACAACACCAAAGUUAAGUGCCUAGUAGGUGGUGUUCCACUACAGUGGACGGUGGAUUCAGGGGCAUCGGUUAAUUUGAUCGACGAGUACACGUGGAAUAAGCUAAAACAAAAUGGAUGUAAAGUAAGUUUUGAAACGAACGAAACACGGAAAAAACUGGUAGCAUACGGUAAUCAUAAGCUACACGUGAAAGGCAUGUUUAAAGCGGAUAUAAAACACGGAUCUUUAACCGUGCACAGUGAAAUCUUCGUAGUUAAUGGCCAAGGCGCAAGCUUGCUGGGAAAAACGUCUUCAAUUGACCUUGGAGUGCUGAAAAUCAAUUGCGACGUGUUGAAGAUUACGGAAGAAAAAUCAGUGAAAAUUGGAAAAGCAAAGGAUUUGUUGGUGACAAUCAACAUCGAUCGGAAAAUAUACCCGGUACAGCAACCAUGUCGACGAUUGCCAAUACCGUUACAAAAGACUGUGGAUGAAGAAAUCCAGAAACUUCUUGAGCAAGGUAUUAUCGAACCAGUUACAGGUAAGAUCACCUGGGCAUCCCCUUUGGUUGUGACACCUAAAGAUGGUGGACGCAGAGUACGGUUAUGCGUGGACAUGCGCAGAGCAAAUGCUGCUAUCAUUCCCCAGCGCCAUCCAUUACUUACUUUCGAAGAGCUGAUGCCGUAUUUGGAUGGCUGUAAAUAUUUCUCGAAGAUAGAUUUAAACCAAGCAUUUCAUCAGUUGGAACUCGAUCCGGAGUCACGAGAAAUCACUACGUUUGUUACUACGAAGGGGUACUAUCGUUUCAAAAGAUUAAUGUUUGGAAUGAAUUGUGCCGCUGAAAUUUUCCAACGAGAGCUUGAGAGAAUCCUUAAAGGUUUGGAUGGAGUAGUGCACUUUAUCGAUGACAUUUUAGUAUUCGGACGUUCAAAGGCUGAGCACGAUAGACGAGUAGCUGCGGUCAUGAAGCGACUAAUAAGCUGUGGACUAACCAUUAACGAAGACAAAUGUCAGUGGGGACGGAAGAGCGUUACAUUCUUGGGUCACGAGCUAUCACAAGAUGGUAUAUUACCCACUGAGCAGAAAGUUAGCGCAGUUAAAUCGUUCAGAUGUCCAGAAACAUCAGAAGAAGUACGUAGCUUUUUAGGACUUGUUAAUUAUGUGGGCAAAUUCAUCCCAAAUUUGUCGACUAUCACUACGCCGCUCCGCGAAAUUACACGUAAAGGAGUCAAAUUCCAGUGGACUGACGAAGCAAACAAAUCAUUCGUUAAAAUUAAGGACGCUCUUUCCAAUCCGCAACAUCUGGGAUUCUACAACGCGGAAAGCGAUACUACGCUAGUCGUCGAUGCAAGCGCAACAGGUCUGGGGGCGGUUCUACUGCAGAGUGAUGAAGGUAAACGGCAGGUAAUCAGCUACGCUAGUAGGAGUUUGUCUAAAACUGAACAGAAAUACUCGGUGUUAGAUAAAGAAGCAAUGGCAAUUUACUGGGGAAUAGGCCGUUUUGAGAUGUAUCUGAGAGGGAAAGACUUCACAGUGGUCACAGAUCAUAAACCGUUGGUCAAAAUAUUUUCUGUCGACUCCGCUCCCAACGCCCGUCAGCAAAGAUGGGUGCUUCAACUACAAGGAUAUCGAUAUAAACUAGUGUAUGCUCCUGGAAAAACUAAUAUAGCCGAUCCGUUGUCGCGAUUAGCGCAAUGUAGUGCAUAUCGUAGCAGUGAUCGUGAUUGUGAAAGCGAUCUAUGUGCCACUAUUGAAUGCGCUUUACCGACAACGAUGUCGAUGACGGAAGUCAUCCAAGGGUCAGAAGAUGAUGAAGAGUUCCGGAAAAUACGUGAUGCAAUCAACUCAGGAAAAUGGAGCAGUGAACUGAAGCGAUAUCUGCCAUUUCAAAACGAACUAUGCUGUAUGAAUCAAAUUAUUUUGCGAUUGAAUAAAAUAGUGAUUCCGGAACGACUUCGUGCAAAAGUUUUGGAUCUUGCUCAUAGCGGGCACCCAGGCAGUAAUAAAAUGAAACGUCGAUUGCGAGCAUCCGUGUGGUGGCCAGGAAUAGACAAGGACGUGGAGAAAAGGUGCAAAAUGUGUAGAGAAUGCCAAGCAGUUGGAAGGAGUCCUAAUCCAGAGCCACUUCAAAUUCGAGCUAUGCCAGCGAAGCCUUGGAGUCAUCUGAGCGGGGAUUUCCUCGGGCCGCUUCCUAACGGCAAAUUUCUUUUUGUUCUAGUAGACUACUAUAGCCGGUAUUGUGUUGUGGAGAUAAUGUCUACCACAACAUCUGCGAUGAUAAUACAGCGACUGGAGCGCAUUUUUACUCGGCUUGGACUGCCAGACGUGUUGACUACAGACAACGCAGCUAAUUUCUGCAGUCAAGAGUUCAGGGAUUUCUGCGUAGAUAACGGAAUCAAACUUGCUCACACCACACCGUAUUGGCCAGCCGCAAAUGGUGAAGUGGAGCGGCAAAACCGGUCGAUCCUGAAAGCGCUAAGAAUUGGACAGAUGAAAGGAGAACUUUUGGAACGUAGUCUACAAGAAUACCUGUACAUGUACACGGUCACACCUCAUUCUGUGACAGGCGUAUCACCAGCCGAGUUAAUGUUCGGCAGAAGGUUCAGAGAGAAGUUUCCACAAGUGAGCGAUAACUCAAUAUUAAGGGAUGAGAUCAGGGACCGAGACCUGAUUCACAAGUAUCACGCAAAAAUGUAUCGGGACAAAAGGGUCAAUGCACUGGAAUCAAAUAUCGGUGUCGGAGAUCAGGUUCUUAUGAAAAACCAACAUAGAGUGAACAAGCUAGCUCCGAACUUUCAUGCAAAACCGGCAGUGGUGAUCGGUAGAAAUGGGAGCAGCGUAACAAUUCAAACUGAGGAAGGAGAGAUAUUCCGCAGAAAUUCCUCGCACUUGAAGAGGAUCCACCAAGACUCGAGUAAUCCGCAGAGUGGGCAGAGAAAUUCUACAGGUAUACAGGACGCUACAAGUACGACUGAUUUAACAUCCAUUAUUGAAGGAAGAACUCAAUUACAAGGAGUAGAUGAAGUGAACCGUAAGCAAACCGAACCCUCUCCUACUCGUAUGACAGAAACUGUGGGGGUUUCAAUACGUCCUAGGCGUCAAUCUAAAGUGCCUGUAAAAUACCAAGACUACGAUAUGUAG